CGCGGUGAAUCCCACGAUGGUUUCUAAGGUGCCUCUCUUGAGCAGUGCAGAACUCGCGCAUUCGGGGAUUUACUCAGGAGCUAUGCCUACCACACACUUGUUACGAUCGAGUUUGUAGCACCGCGGAGCUAUAAAGCUACCGAUCGUUCGUCACUCGAUCAUCAGUAGCUGCUUCGCUGUCGCUCCACGAUUACGUUCUUCGCUCGAAUAAUCCACUCAAAGCUCAAAAUGCGUUCUCUCAGUUUGGCUUGCUUGGUUGCUCUCUGCCUUUGCGCAGUCUUCGCUUCCGGAAGUGCAUUCCCUGAAGAGCUGUCCGACGAUGUCCGCUCGGUGGCAAACUCUCUGUUUGAUGAACUGCCGGAGGAAUCGUACCAGGCUGCCGUGGAGAACUACCGGCUCAAACGGGCCACCUGUGACCUGUUGAGUGGAUUCGGUGUUGGGGAUAGUGCCUGUGCGGCUCACUGCAUUGCCCGGCGCAAUCGGGGAGGCUAUUGCAACGCGAAAAAGGUUUGCGUUUGCCGAAAUUAGAUAUUUUGGAGUAGAAUCUCUUUUUAAGGUUGUAAAUAUGUUUUAAGUGUUGGUUCGUAAACAUAGUAUGAUUCGAAUAAAUCUUAAUUUUGUAUGAUACAAUAAAUCAAUUUAGACUGUUUCUA